AUGUUGAGGCCGUUGAGGCCUGAGGCCCUGUGCCCACCCUUCCCCACCCCCCUCAUCCACUUUGCGUCUUCCCUGGGUAUCAAGAUGGUAUGGUGGCACGCCGGGCGCAAGACGUCAAGGGACGGCACUCUGGGGGCCCCGCAGCGCGAGCGAUUCGGAGCGCGAAGACGCGCAUACCCCACAGGGCGAACCCAGCCUCGGCGGACGACGACGAGGUGGGGCGAAGGAGUGUGGACAAGUACUGCGAUCGCGCUCCCGCACAACCUGGUCCCGGCAGUUCCUCCCGGGGGAGGUUUAUCGGGCGAGCACGCCAAAGUGCUGGACAAUAUGGUGCUCAACAAAAUCAUCCUCAAGGUCACGACGGGUGUGGCCGAUGAUCACUUUAUCACGCCUGUGUCAUCCACCUCGUCCCCUCGUCCAUUUCGUCCGUCUUGGCCUCCUGGCCCAUCUCCCCCACGUCACCCGCACCACCCGCCUGGCCGUGACUGUGUCGCCUACCACACGAACGUCACCCGCCUCGCCGCCUCGCCGCCGUUCCUGCGUCACCUCCACGGGCAUGUCACCCACGACAUACGCUGA